CCUCCAACCCACACAUAACGCAUCCAUCCCGUCCUCCAUACCACACACGCAUAAACUCGUCGUCGGUUAGAGAGAGAGAGAGAGAGAGAGAGAGAGAUGUCUGGGCAGGUGUCGUACGAGACAGAAGUGAAGGCGGGAGCAGCCAAAGUAUGGGGGCUGUAUGGCACCACCAAGAUGGCCCUGCUGGCCAAGGAGGCCCUCCCCGACACCAUCAUCGGACUUGACAUCCUGGAAGGCCAGGGCGCCGUCGGCACCAUCAUCAAGAUCACUUUGGCCGGAGGUUUCUCCUAUAAAGAGAAGUUCACCAAGGUGGACCACGAAAACCGUGUGAAAGAAACUGAGGCGAUCGAAGGCGGGUUCCUAAAUAUGGGACUCUCCCUGUAUCGAUUGCGAUUAGAAGUGAUAGGCAAGGACGAGGAGUCGUGUAUGAUCAAGUCCACCAUUGAGUAUGAAAUCACCAAUGGGGCUUCCUUUGAUGUCUCCCUCGUCUCGGUGAAGCUGUUUGCAGAUAUCGCUGAAGUUGUUAAGAAACAACUCACCAUCUCGGCCAGCGCCAACUAAGCACCUCCGACAAAGCUACUAUCAUCUACUCGGUGGUCGGUUGAACCGAGAGUAUUAUAAAUCAAUAAAUCCUUGUUGCCUUUUCUUUUCUUUUUUUUGGGUGUACAACGGGAGAGUUGUUCCCAAGGGAUUUUCAACUAAGCGUUAGCUGUAUUGAAUUCCAAGCUUGAUAUUGGUUUCUACAUCA